CCCUCCCUUCCUUUGUACCUCUUGCAGUGGAAGAGACAGGGAGCUGCUGCAGUGAUACUCUACCAAUUUGCAUUUUCACCAAACCAAAAUAAAACAUAUAUACAAGCCCGGAAAACAUCAGGAAACAUUUUUUAGAACUCAACAUUUAUUCCAGAAUCAUCUCUUUAGGUUUUGGUCUUUAUUUGACUCUUUUCUUCUCACAUCCCUGGAUUGUACAGCCUUUAUUUCCUUUGAGGAGAAAAUGAACAUCCUUCUGCAGUUUCCUGUGGACUAGGACCAACUAAUAGCUCAGAGAUCAGCUGCUGUGACAGAAGCUCUCCUUCAACCCCUCACCCGCACCGUCUAAUGGCCACCAGUGCCACUGUUACCCAGGAAACCAGCAGCAUGGAGGAAUCCCAGCAGCCAAUCAGCGCCCAGGAUGGUGCAGACCCUGAACAGGCCCCAGUAACCUCUCAACCAGCCAGCGCUGAGCAAUACAGCGUCCCCGCAGCAACAGAGGAAGGGAAAGUCAUGGACCACCUGACAGUGAUCGAUGAGAAUACGGAAACCAGUAACGGGAUCGGCCCGGUCAUGGGAGACUCCUCCCCCACAGCGCCCUCUGUGUCGCCCAAGCUGCACUCCAAGCCCGGAGGCCAGUCCAAUGGCCGGGCUCGCUUGGGCAGCCGGUCCGGCUCGUUAGCGGCGGGCUCCCCCAGGCCCUCGCUCACCCGCCAGCCCAGUGCAAUCACAGAGGCCGCUGUGGACGGAUCCAAGCCGAGGGACUACCUGAUCCUGGCCAUCCUGUCCUGCUUCUGCCCGCUGUGGCCUAUCAACAUCGUGGCCCUCACCUUCUCUGUGAUGUCCCGCAACAGCCUACAGCAAGGCAACAUAGAUGGCGCCCGCCGUUUGGGCCGUAAUGCCAUGGUUCUGUCCGUGGUGUCCAUCCUAGGAGGUAUCGCUAUCAUCGCUGCCGCUAUCGCUCUUAACUGGGGAUUGAUACUGAAAUCCUGAUGAAUCUACCUGGAAUCACAAGCCCGACUUCACGACCGCAUCUUCACGACGAGACGCCGCAAGCCCCUUCACCAGAUGAAAACGAACACAGAUCACUUCCUGUUCCUCGCUGUUUUUGUUUCUUCCUGCACGCUGAGCAUGGUCUGCCUGACACUCUACCUCUAACGCGACGGGUGACGCCUCCCAACACAGAAGCACCACCUGCACACAGACCAGGACACUGGGAAGCGCUGAUUCCAUUCUGUGGUAGCAGACUCUCACUAGAUUUUCAGUUCACCAUUGAACACUAUAUUGGUUGUCAUGGGAAUGGACAUUUGUCUCCUUGGAAAUGGAAUUAAUAUGCUCAAUGAGUCUCAAUUCCACAGGUCUAGCCAUCAACAACACAGUUCUGGCUCAACUGAAAUGGGCAUGUUGGUUUAGCUUCUUCAACCUGAACUAAGGAUGAACCGACGCUCGUAUCGCUGUGAAGGCAGGAAAGAAAAAGACAAAUCUUUAAUGAGGAGGAUUUUUCAUCAGCCACCUGUUCCCGUUGUGUUUAUUGCACAUGAACACAGAAGUAGAAAUGCCAACACUGGUGCCGCCUGACGUCACGUCUGUUUUACCAAACGUCUCAUCAAUGAUUGAUCAUUAGACAUGUCCCUUUAGUUGACUUUCGUCUACUGUAGGAGAAACAUAGGGUUAGAAAAGCUAGAGAAGGUUACAACAUUGGCAGUGCAGUAACUAGUGCAACUAGGAAGUUGGAACUAUACCUCAUCAACCGCCUACACAGAUCUGCUGUAUCUGUACAUGUAGGUAAACUGAAAACAGCAUCUAGGGCUUAUGGGAAAUGGUGUUUAGAUCAAAAGAAGUGUGUACCAAGCAGAAACAUUUUUAUUUCUUUGAGUUGCCAGUGACAUUUUUCAGACGUCUGCAACAGAACCUAGAAGUUUGGGACCACGUCAAAUAGCAUUUUAUAAAAGUUGCUAGUAACAGAAAUGGCGACAGUGAGCACAUGGUCUCAUCGCCAUCUUUGGUGCGGUGGAGAUGCUGCAUUUCGUACAUUACAAGGCAGGUUUUCACUGAGACCUGCUUAAUGACAUAACCAAACUGUUUUUCUUUUCAAGCUUUAAAUGAACAAUGAAUUCAUGAAGACUUCAUAAAUUGUAAGAAUCAUGAGGUCGUGACGUGUCCGAGAGAUAAAGCGUGUGUCUGGGGCAGAAGAAGACUGUGUGUGUUGUGUACUUACUUACAGGAGCUGCGGUUGUCUGCAGCGCUUCGCUUGUAACUGACUCCAGCUGAUUCAGAUAUAUUUUAUUAUGUCUCUGACCACACAAGGUACAGCUUUAUCCAUUUAAUGGACAAUAGGUUAUGGACUGUAGAUUCUUCAAAGCCCCCUAUUAAUUUACAUAAGGUUCCAUUUACAGAGUGGUCAGGUUCCCAUGCCUUCAGCUCAGGUCCUUUUCAUUUUUGGUAAAAGUUCCUUUUGGUGUUGUUUGUGUCAUCUCUGGCCUAUAAUCUCACAUUCUGUUGGUUCUGAUUAUAACCCUGUUCCCAUUAAAGAGUUUAGAGGUGGACAUUUUUGGUUGUUUAACAGAACGAUUCAUUCCUCUUAAAGCUCAUGUGGACCUUGUGUAGUCAGCGUUUUCUCUGAUUUCAGAGGCAUGGUGUCACACUGUGCCAGACUCAGACCCGUUUUAGCCUGUCUGCGUACAAAUGUACGAGCGCUGUUUGUUUAUGGGAUGAACUUUGAGGAGCUGAGUUGUUGUUAUAAAGCUAAAUCAACCCCUAUAACCUGCGCAUGUUUACACUAUUUAUUACAGAAUGCUUUGACAUAAGACUGUAGCCUCCUUUAGCGGCAGCGCUAACUGAAUAGCACCUUGUAAAUAAAGUGUAUGAGAAUGUAUUCACCAUAUAGUGAUAUUCGCUUUUUCUCUUUGCAAUGUUAAGGAGACCUAACGGAUUCUCGAUCAAAAUGCACAUCAACCGCAAGGUUUUUAGGAGGCGAUGAACAAAAAAGCUUGGCUUGAGGGUUUAGGGCAGACAGUGUCUCUGUGUCCAGGUGACGUAAGGCUCAGGUGGAGGAAGAGUGGACAGAUCUGCAGUGCAGCGUUCACAUCAUUUGGGAACGAUUGUUAGAGAUUACAUUAAGUUUGGUUAUCAGCUCCAUAUUAUUUAUUCUUUCAUAUUUAUAUCUACUUAGAGACUCUGGACGUUGACAUAAACUAUAUUUGAAGUGAAUGCUGCAUGAGGUUACCGCCAAUCCACUCCCACCUCCUCCCCCCCACUCCAGUACUGUAUGUAGCAUGCCUGUUUACUAAUCACAUUAUGCAAAAGGUCUAAAAGCUCCCAGCUCAGUGUCGGUGUGACCGCUCGCUUCCUUGAGUUCUGCUAUCGGUGGCUUCCUCAAGCACAGUUUUGUAUUGAAUCUGCUUGCGCUACCUCUCAGAGCUGCCUACAGUGUUUUCUUAACCAAGCCUCACAUGGCGUCACAUUGAUCGUCGUAUCUGACUGUUAACUCUAAAUCCUGCUGUGCUUUCUGUUUUGCUUUGUUGCGCUACUUUUAGAAAGUAUCACUACUAACAUUGUGCAGGGUUUUACUCGUAAACACAAAACAGGAAAGGACUGGCAGACAUUCUGCAAACAGAAAGACAAGUUGUCUGAAAAUAAAGAAAUGGGAAAUUCUGAGGAAGGUUCUUCAGGCAGCAGGGACAUUUAAAAGAACAUUACAUACUCAUGAUUUUAUCAUAUGUCCUAACUUUAACCCUGUGACUAAAAUUUAAAAUUUAAAAUUUAAAAUUUAAAAUUUUUAAAAUUUUAAAUUUAAAAUUUACUUGUAUUAAUACACAUAAUACACAUGUAUUAUGCAUAUAGAACACUCAGUUUCUUAAUUACAUUACACACUACAUUGGCAAAUUCUAAUUUGUGACAUUAGCCUAAAUAAAUUUGAGCAUUCAUACUUGAGAUUAAUCUCAAGUUAAAAGUACAAGGGGUCCUGACCAAUCUUUCUCAGGACUCUCAUUUGAAAAACACAUAGGACUGGACCUGCUGAUCAGCUGCCGUUGCAGUUGAUGUUCACAGAUCAUGAAGUAAUCCAACGCUCUCACAUGCUCUCAAUGGUGGUGUUUUGUACAUUUAUUGUUGAUCAUUUUCACUUCUUUUGUAAAGUGAGCUUUUCCAUUUCUUCCUUGCUCCCUCGGUCUCUUUUGUAUUUCCAUUGUAAUGUUUGUAAUGCUCAGUAUAACCUGCUUCCUGCUUGCUUUUUUUUAAAUGCUGCAAGCAUGAGUGUAAUGUCUGCUGGAUUUAUUAUGUCCUUCAAUAUCGAUUGCUUUCUCCUGCCACUGGACUUUUGUUGUGCCUGUGCAUGCCUUAAAUCGACUGCUUUUAUGAAGCACACAGAAUGAGUAUGGGUGUACACAAUACAUUUAUCAAAAACACUUGAUCUUGACAACUGAUGUUAAAUAUUUGAUCAUGUUUGAAGGGAAUAAAUCCUAGUUCAAUACUA